GGCCAAGGCAGACGACACAAAGAGAGGCAGUUGGAGCCAGGAGAUACAGCCAGCUGAAGCAUCCCUGUUGUCAGACACGAGGCCCGAGCUUGGGACUGAUCAACAACAGCCUACUGGGAAAGGUAUAUCUGAGACAGAGAAGAUGCCGAUCACUUCCAUCCUGGAGAAGCGUAAUGGUGUGGUGGUGGGAGCCGAGCUGACCUGCAGUGUACGGGAGGAUAACAAGGCUCAGAGGGAGACCUACAGUGCCGACUGGAACAGCAUCAGUCAAAAAACUCAACCUCAGGAAAGGCAGACAAUGGACAUGAAUGACAGAUCUCGCAGGGAGACUCUGUCCCGGCAGUGGCAGGCCCGUUCCCUGACACAGAUUUGCCCCUCGGGUGUCUUCCGAGUUGGCACCGUGGAAAUAGGGGUGAGGGAGCACCAGCUGCUGCCCAAGAGAAAAACCCUCCCCUUGCCCAUUUUCACCCCGGCAGAGCUGGGCGUCCGGCUCGGACGCGGAGCCCCGCACACCGAGGAGGACCUGCAGCCCCUCCCCAAACCAGACGGAUUCUGUCCCGGCAAGAGGACCGUGGACGAAAUCACAAGAGAUCUGCCCCCAGUCAAGCCGAGCCUCAUGGAGUUCUCCAAAGCGCCCAAAGCCCUGGGUCGCUCCAUGUCCGUGGAGACUCAGAGAGGGUGAAGAGACCACAGGGGACAAAACAGAGAGAGAAAGAGAUGAUGAUAGGGAGAAGUGUGACAAAUGGAGGAGGAUAGGCUUUUGACAGAGCGAGUCAGGAAGGACUAGAUGUAUAUAGAUUUAUCUCUAGUGACAUUCAUUAUAAAACCUUCAUACUGUAGAUUUUGGUUGAGCUCAGUCUGUGUCUCUUGGUGAGCACAGCACCAGAUAAGUGUCACGCUUUGUCAAUGAUGUCAUUUGGUGGUGACCGGUAUUAGGAAUGGUUGUGUGAAGGUAUUGGCUUUGUGAGGGAGAGCCCGGGUGUGUGUUCUCAGCUGUGCCAUGGGAUAUUGUGUGCCCGUGCUGGCCGGCUGGGCACACACACUGACCUCUCACUGGAAUCACUGUGGCCCGACCUUUAAUCUUACUGCAUGCACUUUCUUUAGUAUUGAAACGUGCAUAUAUCCUGACAAGGUAAAUGAAAGUGCUCUUGUGGUCACCUGACUGAUGGGUUAUUCCCGUAACAGGAGGUGAAGUCAUGCAACGAUGCAGUAAGUGACAGAUGCAAAAGGCAGAGGAAGGUAAUAAACUGUAAAAAGAGGGAUGAAAAAGGGAAGAGAGAAUCGGAGGGACUAGGGCUCGGAGAGCAUGUCACCUUCAGGCCUCCGGAAGCUCUUGACAGUCACUGAGAGAUCACACACUGAAGAGGACAUACAAUACAAAUAACCUGCUCCUAACUGUGUAUUAACUGAUCUGCUUUGUUAGCUGAGUGGCAGCUCUUUCGUAUCCAAUAGGAACAGACACUGUAGUGAAUGAAUUUGAAAUGUGUGCGAUGAUGUUUAAUUGUUUGUCCUAGUUUUUUGUUAUUUUUUACAAAUAAAAGUUAUGUUGCGCAA